AUCACCGUACCAAAACACAGUCAUGUCCUCCAAUCCAUUUGUCCACAGUCGUUGGACGUUUCAUUCGCGGUCUGCUAAGCCGCUCUUUCGCGUCUCCAUCGGAACCCCUCUUUCUGUGCCCUGAGCGUUCGUUAACAUCUGAGGCUCCGACGCUACCCCGCUAGCUUUUGGCGCCUUUAUCGAUAUACAUUUGGAGCUGCAAGAACAGCACCACGAAGUUUGCAGGAUCAAAGAGAGAUUUCAUAACAGGCCGCAGCGCUAGUAAUAUAAUCAAAUCACAUAACGAGAUGAACACCGAUCCUCUCACAGGGCAGGCGCUGCCUGCAAACGCAAUCCAGCGCAUCCUCUUCAUUGCGCCCAAAGUCCACGUCUACCAGAUCCCCCCGGCGACCUCCACGAAGGGGUACCAGGCCUCGAGCUGGACCGCGAACAACAACAAAAUGCAGAUCUUCACUGCGCGGUUACGCAUCGUCGAGAACUCGAUCCCACCAGAACGUGACGACGGCGACGAGAAAGUGUCUACCACGAUCCUGCUCGAAGACUCCAAGACCGGCGACCUUUUCGCCGCGGCCCCGUAUACAAGCGAACGUGCAGUCGAACAAGCGCUAGACAGUAGCCGCUUCUUCGCAAUCACAGUGGUGGGCGAGGGCAGGAAAGCAGUACUGGGCAUGGGCUUCGAGGAGAGAAGCGAGGCAUUCGAUUUCAGCAUCGCGCUACAAGAUGCGCGCAAGGCACUCGGCUUCGAUACAAAAUCAGCUGGCCAGCCCGGCGCAAAGGCAAAGGCGAAGAAGGAGGCUGAGGAGCCGAAGCGCGACUUCAGCCUCAAGGAGGGCGAGACAAUAUCGAUCAAUCUAGGUGGGCUCAAGGGGAGGCGGAACAGACCAGAUGUAGACAAAAGCCCAGGGGAGCAGAGGAGUGAGCAGGAGGCGCUGUUCAGUAUUGCGCCGCCACCUGGGAGCGGAGGCGCACCAUUCCUACCUCCACCACCAAGUGCAAAGAGCGUAAAGGAGGAGAGGCGGCGGAGCAGACAGAACUUUGAGCCUACGCCAGAAGAUCUGGGGUUCGAUGACGGAGAGUUUGGCGAAUUUCAAUAGCGGAGUGAGAGAUGGAAACACGGUAUGUAAGGUGGAUGUGCUGCAUACAUAGAGUUCUGCAUGAUAUUAUAGAGUGACGAAUCACGCACUGUA